UCUCGCCGUGGGGGCGGGGCUACGUGUGUGUGUGUGUGUGUGUGUGUGUGUGUGUUUUUUUCCUCCUCUCCUUCACGGAAGACAGACGCGGUGAUCAGAGACGAACCGGAACCAGAAGGUUCCUAAAAGCCUCAGAAGAGACGAACCGUCGCGGGACUCGAACAGUCGGCGGCCCCGGACACGGUGCGGGCCGCAGCGGGGCGAUGGGACCGCGGCUCUCCCGGUAGCAGCAGACACACAGGACCGUCCCGGCCCGCAGACAUGGCCCACGUCGGCAACGGAGCGACCGGCGAGGAGGAGGACUGUUUUGAAGAUGCCUACGACCGGAUACCGGCGGCGUGUCAGAUGGACCUGCAGACGGCCAUCCAGGAGACUCAGUGUGCUCUCAAUCUGGUCCUCAACAACAAGUUCUCCGAGGCCCUGGACCUCCUCAAACCAUGGUGGAGAGACAGCAUGUACCACGCGUUAGGUUACAGCAGCAUCCUGGUGAUGCAGGCGACCAUGACGUUCGAGCACAGAGACAUCCAGACUGCCAUGGCAACCAUCAAGGACGCGUUGAACACCUGUCAGAAGUUUAGGAAGAAGAACUCGGUGGUCGGAUCUCUGUCCAGUCUGAUCAGCAAACAGACCAGGCUGCAGGAAGAGGAGAUGCACGCGGAGAUCUGCUACGCCGAGUGUCUCCUGCAGAAAGCCACGCUGACGUUUGUCCAGGACGAGAACAUGAUCAGUUUCAUCAAAGGAGGAAUCAAGAUUCGAACAAGCUACCAAAUCUACAAGGAAUGUCAGAACGUGCUGAACGUCAAUCAGGAUCUGGCCGGCCAGUCUGAUUUGUUCAGGCAGUUUGAGGGCGGAGUCAAGCUCGGCAUCGGGUCCUUUAACCUGAUGUUGUCUCUCCUUCCUCAGAGGAUUUUGCGGUUGCUGGAAUUCAUUGGAUUCUCAGGGAACAGGGACUUUGGUUUGUCUCAGUUGAGAGAGGGGGCCUCCAGUCAGAGUUUGCGAUCCAUCCUCUCUGCUCUGACUUUGCUCUUUUACCACACAUACGUUUCCCUGAUCCUCGGAACUGGGGAAGGGAACCUGGUGGAGGCUGAAGCUCUGCUGGAGCCGUACCAACACAAAUACCCCAAAGGCUCCAUCAUCCUCUUCUACACCGCUCGCAUCGCCACGCUGCGAGGAAACUUCGAGAAGGCCCGGGCCAGGUACGAGGAGUGUAUCAGCAGCCAGCAGGAGUGGAAGCAGAUCCACCACCUGUGCUACUGGGAGCUGAUGUGGACUCACUCCUACCAGCAGGAGUGGCAGCAGGCGUACCGCUACGCCGACCUGCUGUGCAAGGAGAGCCGCUGGUCCAAGGCCAUCUAUGUGUACCAGAAGGCCGCCAUCAUCAGUAUGAUGUCAGAGGAGGACGUGAAGAAGACGGGGGAGGACAUCGUGGAGCUCUUCAGGCAGGUGGAGGGGCUGAAACAGCGCCUGGCGGGGAAGUCGAUCCCAACGGAGAAAUUUGCUGUGAGGAAAUCCAGACGCUACAAAGCUGCUAGCCCCGUGCCCCUGGUUAUCCCCGCUCUGGAGAUGAUGUACGUUUGGAACGGUUUCACCAUCGUGGGGAAGAGAGCCGACGCCACCGAGGCGCUGCUGGUUACCAUUGAGGCGGCGGAGGAGCAGCUACGCAACGACCCCAACCCCUCAGAGUUUCACCCGGACGACAGCUGUCUGGUCCAGAUGUUGAAGGGACUCUGUCUGAAACAUCUGGGCAGGUUACUGCAGGCUGAGCUCUGCUUCACACAGGUCCUGUCCAGUGAGGGUCGUAUCCGGUACGAUCACUACCUGGUUCCCUUCACGCUCUACGAGCUGGGUCUGCUGUAUAAACAGCAGGGAGACAUCACCAAGGCAACCACCUACAUCGAAAAUGCCAAGACGAACUACAAGGACUACUCCAUGGAGUCCAGACUGCACUUUAGGAUCCACGCGGCCCUCGGCAGCCUCCGAGGAUCCCCCGUCGGCACCCCGUGAUCCUCGCAACGACCCGGCUCCGCAGCUGGACGCGUGGACCCCGGGAUUCAUCUCACACUCGGGCCGAGGUGAACCGACCCGUUGUGUCCGCCUCGUAGCGAAGAAGCGCUACUGACGCGCGCUCUUCCUCUGUCACUGCUAGUAUCAUUGACUUUAUUUAAACUUACGUUUUCCUUAUUUAUCUCGGUCGAAGGAUGAGAUUAUUUACGCUCCUCGAACCGGCUCCGACUUUCCGUCAGCAUCUGCCACAGGUUAAUGUUGGUGGGAUGGUUCUGUUGCCUAGAAACAAAUCAUAGCCUUAAACUCCACUUAUCUAUUAAACUCUGUAGGACAGGAUCACAAACGCUGAUGGAGUUCACGGUGAAAAGUCUUGGAGUGGUUUUACGUUCGCAGCAGGGAGCGCGCGCGUGUCGGAUUAUCGCGCGGUGUAAACGCUUUAUGUUUUCUCUACUUCGCCUUUUGGGUUAUCUCACGACGCACCAUGCCACAUGUGCACACGCAAUCACGGCCUUCUCACCAACCGUGGCUUAAGCAAACACACGCACGCCGUAAAAACACUGCAAACGUGACCCUCCUGGGCCGACACCCUUCAGACAAACACACACAUUUAGCAGCGACACAAGAGGAGAACUCGUCUCGCUCGUUGUCACUCAGUGAGGGUCCACGUUGUUACGGAGAGUCGUUUCCGUUCAGGACGUUUGAUGACGUGUGACAAUGAUCACUCGGCUCCGUCUCUUCCCACGUGAACAACGCCUCACAAAGGAUAGUGAUCCAACAGUGAAAUUCCGACCGUGUUGUGGUUCGGUUUUCCUGCCUCAGUUACUUAUUGCCAGGCCGGACGAACGCGAGUGUCUGUCGACCCAACCAGAGGAGAUCCGUCCCCAUGGUUUUGGAGCUGCCCACGAAAAAACACAGUUGUAAAUGUAUCACAAACAGACGAGGCGUAUAAUUCGAUUCAACUAUAGGGUGAGGGUUACAUUGACGAAGAGCAGAUUCAGUGUCUCUCUACACGAUGAUGAACAAGAACAAGCACAAUCUAUGACUUCCCGUCCCCACUGUCCUGUAAACGCUGUUCGUGACCCGUCCUCAUGUGGCUCCAUGUUAACACAGUGGAGAGUUACUGGACAGAUGGAAACCCUCCGACUCACUGCUGUAAAUAUCCCUCCCACAAUAUUAAUACAUCAGAUAAAACGGCACCGGGACCGAAUAACAACAAACAGCAGAGUCAACUUAUUCCGUGUUUGCUGAACGAUGCACUUGUUUGAUUCCAUCCAGUUGAGUUCAACUCGACCACUUGCAACAAUCGUCCUUCUCCCUAUAAUGAAUGUAGCGACCGAAAGACCAAAUUAUGUGUGCGUCUCGAUGUCUUUGUCUUUCUCUUUGUGUGUGUGUGUAUUUUGUGCCUUGAAGUGUUUGGGUGUAAUCUUCUUCGUGUCUUUGUGUGAUCCAGAACUUCACUUCCAAACAGUUUGAUUCAGGAGCUGCAUUCAGGGGCUGGCGGCAAUAAACACGGCAACGUUGGAUCAACUGCUAAAAGCUAGGAAGCUGCCAGCACACUUUUUAAACUAAUGAUGCGAAAUAAAAGUUCAGGAACAACUAAAUUCAACCCUAAAGACGGAAGGUAUCAAUCGUUUGAUGAGGAGCUGUUCCACCAGAAUCCUCCGCGUGUCCAAGUGCAAUAACACAUUGAUUUUCUGUGUGACAUGUUCUCGUCGUGCCCACACUUCUGACCGUCACAAUACAAGUCACCAGGAUGGAAAUAACUUUUCCUGCCGACCCAGGAAGUUGACGUAAAACAGGAUCGCAUGACGAUUCUUACCUUUCACAAUAAAAGCAUUGGCGUGCAACGUGCUGCGUUCAUGUAUAAUCCACCAAACAGAAACAACACAUUGUUGGUUGUGGUUAAAAUUCUGCAUUUCUUUUGGUUUGUGUCGCGUUGCAUGCUGCCUCCAUCCGUAGUUCUGAAGGGACCAGUGAUGUAUGUUUUUGGUGACGGGGUCGACAUCAGUCCCCAGAGUCUUGGUGUUGUCCCGUUUUACUUCCACAUACGUGUCAGUGCCUCGUGUAUCUGUGUGUCAUCGUCGUUCUCAACAGGCCUUUUCUUUUGGCUUGUCUUUGCAUGUGACUCUUGUAUAUUCAACCUCUUUUCUUCUUGAGAUGUUACUGUAUGUCGUGUGCCUCGCGGAAGGAAAAUGUAUAUGACGGGUUUUCACAGUUGGAGAUGAGGAACCACACGGUGACGUGAAAAGAAAAUAAUUGUUUAUUAUGUCAAGAAAUGUUGUUUUGUCGCUGUUUCAUGUUUUUGUGCGUCAGUGACUCUUCAAGCCUUAUUUCUUCAAUCUGUUUGGCUCAUUCACAAAUCACAUCAAAUACAGGUCUUUUCAUAAUCUAAAUUAUGUAAAACAGUGAAACAGCCUGGGACGUUUCCCCCGACCUGUGCAUUAAGUAUCAGUUGUGUACAUGACAGCCAUACAAUCACGUGCAAUACAUUUCAAAGCCAUAAUUCUUAUGCUAGUUGCCUUCAAAGACGCAAACAGCUUCUUCCCGUCGAUUCAUACUUUCUAAUUCAAAUGAUUGAAGUCAUGAAUUCUGCAGUGCCGUCGUAGAAACAACAAUUCUCUUUGCCUCCGGUGCGUUUGAGGCUGUACGAGAAAAAUGUUGCACGACUCGAUCGGUCACGAUGGAGAUGUUCCACUCCGACUCGUAAACUGAUCAAGAAUGUGGACCAACAUGUUCCGAUGUUAUGAACCUCAUAAUUCAACGUCUGGACGAAGUUGUGAUUUAAUGUUUGUACCAGCUAUUGCUUAAAAAUAUAAACACCAUGUUUUUUUGCAUCCAAGCAGAUACGGGUCUAAAGGUUGUAGGUGGUUAAUAAUUAUCUCCUGUUUGGUUUGAUUUUGAUUCCUUAACAUUUAUUAUUAUUGUUAUUAUUAUUAUUAUUAUUGGCAUGUAAUCUGAAGUUGUGUUUCUCUGAUCUGUCAGAACCAAAUAAAUUCAUCUGAGCUCCGA